ACUGUAGUUCUGCUGAAUGACAAUUCAUUUUGGUGACUCCAAUAUUUUCAAUCUUGUUUAGCAUCAUUUUAGAAGUGAAGAUAUUUAAUUAGUCCAUAAUAAAUAAAUCUCAAAAUGGCUACAACCUUAGAAGACAAAUCUAUCUGGGAGGAUGGAGAGGAAGCUCUUAGUGAGGAAGUUCUCCGCAUGCCCACAGACGAAAUUAUCAGCCGUACCAGACUUCUAGACAAUGAGAUUAAAAUUAUGAAGAGCGAAGUAAUGAGAAUCUCCCACGAACUGCAGGCUCAGAACGAUAAAAUAAAGGAGAACACAGAAAAGAUCAAAGUGAACAAAACAUUGCCAUAUUUGGUGUCCAAUGUGAUUGAGCUGUUGGACGUUGAUCCUCAAGAGGAGGAGGAGGAUGGUGCGGUCGUGGACCUGGACUCGCAGCGCAAGGGCAAAUGCGCGGUUAUUAAAACCUCCACACGUCAGACCUACUUUUUACCAGUCAUUGGGUUGGUUGACGCAGAUAAGUUGAAGCCUGGCGAUCUUGUAGGAGUAAACAAAGAUUCCUACUUGAUUCUGGAGACUCUGCCAGCGGAGUACGACGCCAGGGUGAAGGCCAUGGAGGUUGACGAGAGGCCCACUGAACAGUACUCGGACAUUGGUGGUCUAGACAAACAAAUUCAGGAGCUGAUUGAAGCAGUAGUACUGCCAAUGACCCACAAGGAGAAGUUUGUGAACCUUGGCAUCCACCCUCCCAAGGGUGUACUUCUAUAUGGACCCCCUGGUACUGGCAAGACCUUGCUGGCGAGAGCUUGUGCUGCACAGACUAAGUCUACCUUCCUGAAGCUGGCUGGACCUCAGCUUGUGCAGAUGUUUAUUGGUGACGGUGCUAAGCUUGUUCGCGACGCCUUCGCUUUAGCCAAGGAGAAGGCGCCCGCUAUCAUCUUCAUUGACGAGUUGGACGCCAUCGGUACCAAGCGUUUCGACUCCGAGAAGGCUGGUGACCGUGAGGUCCAGCGUACUAUGUUGGAGCUCCUUAACCAGCUUGAUGGAUUCAGCUCUACUGCUGACAUCAAGGUCAUAGCUGCUACAAACAGAGUGGACAUCCUCGACCCUGCCCUGCUCCGUUCAGGACGUCUGGACAGGAAGAUUGAGUUCCCCCACCCCAAUGAAGAAGCCAGGGCUAGGAUUAUGCAGAUCCAUUCCAGGAAAAUGAAUGUAUGCCCCGACGUAAACUUCGAGGAGCUGUCUCGUUCUACGGACGACUUCAACGGCGCUCAGUGCAAGGCCGUGUGCGUCGAAGCCGGUAUGAUAGCCCUCCGCCGCUCAGCCACCGCCGUAACGCACGAAGACUUCAUGGACGCCAUUUUAGAGGUCCAGGCCAAGAAGAAGGCCAACCUCAGCUACUAUGCUUAAACGAAAUUUGAUACUAUAACCAGUUGGUAUUUAAUUGUAAGUCUAUUGUAUAAUAAAAUUUAGGAAAAAUA